AACACCUCGAUGACGUCACACAGGAGGAAGAACAAAACAAGAUGGCGUGUGGCGGAGAAUACGUUGUUUUGGUUAUCAUGGUUUGUAGGUCUUAAUUACAACGUACAUGUGCACAUGUGUGUCGUUUAACAGAGUUUACGUCCUUGUUAAUUGUUUGUUUGCGGAUACAUUAGUCUGAGUGCACUUUGACGUGCUAGCCUAGCCUGCUGGUUAGCUUAGCUUGUUAGCUGCUAACAAAGAGAGGCGGAAGUGAUCGACACAUCAAAGCAGAGAUCCAAUACGUCUGUGAAGAACAUCUUCACCCUGAGCAACAGAAGUGGAGUUUCAGGAUGCGGACAGAGGAGCCACAGCCCUCCCACAUUAAGAAGGAAGAGGAAUACCCACUGAUGCCCCAUUUUAAAGAGGAAGAGGAGGACCCACUGACACCACAAAUUAAAGAGGAAUCAGUGUAUUCACUGAGCCCUCACAUUAAGGAUGAAGAGGAGGACCCAUUGAGCCCUCACAUUAAGGAGGAAGAGGAGGACCCACUGACCCCUCACAUUAAAGAGGAAGCGGAAGAACACAGCAUCAGUCAGCAGGGAGAGCAUCUUGAAGGACUGGAGGAGGUUGAUGUCACCAAGAUGCCAGUGACUGGUGUCCCUGUGAAGAGUGAGGAGAGGGGAGGGGGGGAGCCUCCAAGCAGCAGCUCAACACAACACAUGACAACAGAAGCUGAUGGAGACCACUGUGGAGGAUCACAAGCAGACAAGCUCUUAGCUCCACUAUCAGAUAGUGAGGACACAACCUCACACUCUCCUGACACUGAUGAUGAAGACUCUAAAGAUGAUGCAACAUGUCACACUGACAACACACGCCUGACAUGCUCUCACUGUCACAAAACAUUUAAAUACCAAAGUCUUCUGAAAAGACACAUAAAAACACACACUGGAGAAAAAACUUUUUCUUGUUCAACCUGUGGUAAAGGUUUUACACAAAGUCAGAAUUUGAAAAGACACAAGAGAACACACACCGGAGAAAAACUUCAUGUCUGUUCAAUCUGUAGUAAAAGUUUUGUACAAAGAAACAAUUUGGAAGUACACAAGAGAACACACACUGGUGAAAAACCCUUUUCCUGUUCAACCUGUGGUAAAGGUUUUACAGAAUUUCAGAGUUUGAAAAGACACAUGAGAACACACACUGGUGAUAAACCUUUUUCCUGUUCAACCUGUGGUAAAGGUUUUACAGAACUUCAGAGUUUGAAAAGACACAUGAGAACACACACUGGUGAAAAACCCUUUUCCUGUUCAACCUGUGGUAAAGGUUUUACACAAAGUCAGCAUUUGGAAAGACACAAGAGAAUACACACCAGAGAAAAACUUCAUGUCUGUUCAAUCUGUGGUAAAAGUUUUGUACAAAGAAACAAUUUGAAAGUACACAUGAGAACACACACUGGUGAUAAACCUUUUUCCUGUUCAACCUGUGGUAAAGGUUUUAUAGAACUUCAGAGUUUGAAAAGACAUAUGAGAACACACACUGGUGAUAAACCUUUUUCCUGUUCAAUCUGUGGUAAAGGUUUUACACAAAGUCACAAUUUGAAAAGACACACUAGAACACACACUGGUGAAAAAUCACAUGUCAGCGAUCAAACCUUGUAGCACACAUGAGGAGACACCCAGGAGAGAAAGUGUUGAGUUGCAGUGUGUGUGGUGAAAGAUUGUCUUCUAAGUACCAGUGUAAGAAACACAAGUGUGCUGGUGAGAACAGCAGCAGCAAAUGAAACUGCAGGAUUUGAAAUAAACUAUCAAGACUUUCAUUUUGACUUUCUAACAACAUCAGCACAUAUAACAUGUGUGACAUUGUUGUUUGUCUAACAAUCUGUUUAAUAUCCUUCUACAUUUAUACACCAUUUUUUCAGCCCAUUGAAUGCAUUAAUGUGCAACAUUGUGUACUUUUAUAUUGACAUAUAUUACUAAAAGAGGAACAAUUUUACUAAGAAGGUCAGUAAAUCCAAAACAGUACAAAACAUGUGAUAUAUGUAAAUUGCAUUUAGUGUACAUAUAUUUCACACAAAAUCUCCUUUUAAAAUGUGUGACUAUAUGUGUAACAUUGUUGUUUGUGUAACACUAUUUUAAAAUGUUGUUACAUUUAUAGAUUAGAUAUUUUGUAUUAGUGUUUUUUUUAGUCAAGUACAUGCAUUAUUAUGCAACAUUGUGUACUUUUAUUCAAAAUUGAACAGAACAUUUUGACUGAAAAGGUGAGAGUAAACAAUACAAGACAUAUUUUACAUACAUUAAAAACAUGUGUGUAUAUAUAUAUAUAUAUAUAUAUAUAUAUAUAUAUAUUCAUCAUACAAUAUUAGACUUAUUCAUAGUAGUGUUUUUUAUAGGUGUUUAAAAUAUUGAAGUGUGACAUAUUUUUAUUUCUAAUUAUUAAUAAUCCCAUAGAUAAGCACCUUUAUAUGAUAUACAUAUGUACUGCUUCACAUCCGAAACAUCUUCUGAACCACUUCAGGAAGUAUAUUAUUGUUCACUUUAUAUAUCAUUUGAACAGUUGUCUUUUAUACUAUUUUAAAAUGUGACUUUAUGAGUCAUUUGUUGGGUCUGUAUAAUCAUUUUUAUUAAUUAUCUUCAUUACUCUUUUGUAAUAUGAUGAUUGUGUUGUGAGUGUUUUAUAUGUAUGUCCCCAGACCUUCAUGCAAUAUAAAAGUGAGAGAAAAUGACUGUAUUGUUUGUGGAAGGAUGGUUUUGUUACAUUUGUGGAUAAAAUAAAAUAAAAAUCCUUUAUUGUAUUUUAAA